AUGAGCUUUGAUGCAUUCUCGCCUCAGGAGGUCAUCGAGGCCCUUGCAAACACUGGGGUUCAGAAGGGUUACAUGCGACUGGACAAGGUCUUUUUCAGCUCUGUCUCUGCCGGGUGCUUACUUGCCUUUGCCUGUGGAACUGCCCUGAGCACCAAUGCUUCCCCUUGGUUCCAGGAAAACGCCCCGGGUCUGAUACGCACUAUCAGUGCCUUGGUAUUCCCUUAUGGAUUAUGCAUGAUUAUCUUGACAGGCGCUGAUCUAUGCACUGGCUCCUUUAUGUUUACCACCGUUGCGGCACUCCAACGCCGAUUGCCCUGGUGGAAAAUGCUUAUUCACUGGGCCGUCACGUUUUUAGGAAACUUAGCUGGCUCUUUGUUCUUAGUGGUAAUCAUAUUCGGCUAUGGCGAGGUUUUCUCUACGGACCCCUUCAAGUCGGCGGUCAUCACGUUCGCCACGAAAAAGCAGGUCGUCCCCGACUUCCACAUGAUCUUCCUUCGUGGUAUUGGGUGCAACUGGCUGGUAUGCCUUGCCUGCUUUUUCGGCAUGCAAGGACGAGACCUGGGAUCGAAGAUCAUGGGUAUCUGGUGGCCCAUCUUUGCUUUCGUCUCCCUCGGAUUCGAUCAUGUUGUUGCCAACAUGACCUUCGUUCCUCUGGCAAUCUGGCUUGGCACUCCUCACAUUAGCGUUGGGCUGUACAUCUGGAAGGGUAUUAUUCCCACCCUACUUGGAAACAUUAUUGGCGGCGGAUUGUUUUGUGGUACAUACUACUGGUACAUGUACCUGCUCGACUUAAACACUCUUCCCAUUACCGGCUUGAGAAAGAAGGAGGACUCCCCCAUCGGAGCUGCUUCUAAAGAAGAUGUCGAGGCAUCAGCUGCAGGAUCCGUCCCCGCGCCUUCUGCGCGCUUGGGUGGUUAA